AAUGGUCUGUAACCCGCGAAAACACAAGAAAAAUUUGAAAUCUUUUGCGCGCGCUCAGAUCACGCACGCAAAGGAAAACAGACGACACUUUCUGCUGCUUCAUUUAAACUGUUAACUCACAUAAGAAACGCUGAAUUGCCAACAUCACCCUUUCUUGAUCAAUACCAGAGAAGAAAAUGAGUAACAGAAGCAUUCUGGAUUUUUUUGCGAAAAAGCAGACUGACAGCAACAGUGGAGCCAGAAGGGCAUCCCAAACUGGUGAAAAUGCACAGGAAAGAAUAAAUCUUAAGAGCAAGAAAAAAGGAAAUAAUGGCCAUGAUCCUCUAAAGGAAAGAAUAAAUCUUAAGAGCAAGAAAAAAGGAAAUAAUGGCCAUGAUCCUCUAAAGGAAAGGACAAACAAAUUUGUCAAGGAGAAAGUUAAAGAGGGUCCAUCAAAAAGCCAUGUGCAGCAGUGCGAUGAAGGGCAAAGCCACACUUUCAAUUUCCGCUACAAAUUCAAGAAACAUGCCGUGGCGUGUGAUACAUCCAAGACUGUGCUUGAUGCUCUUAAUACAAACAAGAUUUUCAAGAAGAUUAAAAAAGAAAACAUGGAUAAAGAAAUAGUCAUCAAGAGAUCCAAAGGAGAAGUUCCUAGAGCUGCUGUGAAGACGGAUUUCCCCUGCCGUCUUAUUGAAAAAGAUGAGCUCUUAGAUAUAUCCUUCAUCAAAAAUACUGGAAAUGUUGAUACAAAGAAAAAAACAACUGGAAGGCUUUCGUUCUCCAACGAAUCAGAAAACUUGGUAAUCUUUUACAUUAAAACAAAAGGAGGAGUGAAAGUGAAACGCUUAACAAAAAACAAUGAGCUGAGGAAGAAAGUUGACGAUGUUUGUGUGUACGCGUUCAAAGAAGACAAACUGAAGGCUGCUCUUCAGCGUGACGGACGAUUCAUCAACGUCAUAUUCAAGAAACAGUGUGCACUCCGUGAGUUUGGGAGCGAGAUAAACCAUGUAAUGUCAAGCACUGUAGAGCAUCUUGAUCGAAAGCAUUUUGAGAUCAUUGUUAUCAGUGACAAAAACCAGCCAGACAGCCAAGAUGACUUCUUGAGUGAUGUCAGCCCUGAAAUGAAUGAAGCUUCAGCUGCUGAUUUGAAAGAAAAUGUUGAUCCUAACCAGCAUCCCGUCAACAGUGAACAAGAAGAAACCAAAAAGGGAAACACAAUGAAAUCCACAAAUACUUCAGCUAAAUACUCUAAAGUAAUUGACUCUGAAGAAAUUCUGGGAAUUCUGCGUUCUCAGUAUAAAGAUUUACUGGAGACGUUAAAGCAGCGAGAGAACCUAAAGAACAAGUCUCAGGUCCAAACAUUCUUCAGAGCAGAAUAUGACAAAAGUGUUCAGAGUUUCUCUGAGGUGUAUAAAAUAAAGCAGCUCAUGAGACUCUCUGACUCUGUGUGUCAGAUUCGAGUGGAGGGAUCCGCUAGAGGAACUGGUUUCCUACUCUUUGGGCAAUUUAUUCUCACUAAUGCACAUGUUGUUAGGGAAUUUCUCGAGUCUCCAGACAAGUUUUAUUCUACAAAGUCUUUAGAAGCCGCAUUUGAUUUUGAACGUCUGGACUCAAAAGUGAAGCUGGUGCCGUUCAAGAAACAGAUUGCUGCUUACUGUUACAUAACAGAUACCAAUAAAAGCCAUCUUGACUUUGCUCUCCUUGAACUGGAUGCUGUUGAUGAAAUCACAGACCGUCCUGAGUUGCUCAGACGUUUUAGUUCUGGCCCCCUUCCUAGUGGUGGGAUCUGCAUUGUGGGACAUCCAGAUGGUGGAAUUAAGAAAAUGGACCCCUGCUUCAUCAUUGAGAAAACAAAACUACAAGAGGCUGCAGAUAAACACAUAUCUGAGAAUAUCAAUUUCAUUAAUGUGAUUACACAGAGGAGUUUUGAAGAUAAAUGGGACAUUUAUGAAAACCAGAUUAAUUAUAAUUCUUGUUUCUUUCACGGAUCUUCUGGCUCUCCAGUUUUUGAUGAAGACUGCUAUCUGAUUGGUGUGCACACUGGUGGAUAUGUGUACAAAGGAGAAAGAGGUAAAACUAGAAGCAUUGUGGAAUACGCCUAUUCCAUGCAGCCCAUUCUGGAUAUGAUCAGAGCACAGGCUAGGAUAAAAGGUUUACAUGAGAUUGUCAAUAUCUUAGAAGCCUACAGCGAUAAAAGCUAUGAGUAUGAAACUGCAGAUCAAGAGAAUCAGACUGACAUUGAGAUGGAAGAUUGUGAUUGAAGACAUCCACACAUCUCCAUUUCUUUGGGAAAACAUGACAACAAGCCUUCAAUUCUGAGACAUUAUUCACUGUCAUUAUGGGGUUUCACUUUUCAUAUAAUUCUUAGUGAUGAUUGUGUUCAAAAGCAGAAGUUACGCUUGGUUUCUCUUAUUUUUGACAAGUAUAAAGUCAUGUAUCUCACCUGCAGGUGAUUGUGGGUCUGACUUGUGCAAAGACAGCAGAACAGUGAACAUUAUUCAUUUGGCAGAGACUAAAAUUACAGUUAUUUUUUUUCUUUACAGUUUCUUUACAUUGUUAUUAAUACAGACUUGUGUAUUCAUGUAUCAAUACAUACUUAUUUCACUCGUACAACAAAUCAUUCACUCAUAUAUCUUUAUAUGCAUUUUUCUUAUAUUCUUUUUACUUUUUAUGUCUGUUGAUGUAUUAUAGGGAUUUUAUAUUGAUUUAUCUGAAUGUUUUGUCUUUGUUGUAAGGGAUCAUGUUCAAGCUUUAACAGUCCUCUCUGAAUCACAGAUACACCAAAUUAAUUGAUUUCACAAUUGCUGUAAUAAGAGACAACAAUACACUAUCAAAUGUAUCUCCACUAAAAUAAAUACAUUUAGAAUAACAUCUUUGAGGGUUGAAAUCAGGACUCAUACAGCAAAACCUCAGAUCAUUUUAUACCUACUUGAUUAAUGUAGAUGUCAAUUACAACAAAUAAAACCAUUUAAUAUAACAAAUACAGCAUUAAUGAUUAUUCCACUUACAUUUAUUACGUGUACGUGUUGUUUUGAUUGCUGGUCAUGUUGAGAAGCUUUUUAGGAUCUUCAGUUUGCUGGGUCUGAAAAUAAGAAAUAGGAAAGCAUUGAAUCUUUAUAAAUAAUCUUGCUAUUCAAACACUGAAUGAAUUGUAAAACAAAUCAUUUAAUUUGUAUUACACAUAAAAUACAAUAAAAAAGCUUGAUGAGCAGUUUUCUGUCUUGUGUUGAUCUAUUUCACAGUAAAACAGGAAGUUUUUCGAUAUAUUGAAAGUUAAUUAAAAAUCAUUCAACUUUGAGGAGUACACUAAUAUUUAAAUGCAUAGAUUUAAAAAAAAUUCCAGCAUCUGGAGGUUUUUCCUGAAGACUAUAUUGAGCAGUUUAACUGCUCAGGAUAAACAAGGAACUUACUAUCAAAAAACAUAAAACAGUUUUUAAUCAUCCAGGUAACAACACAUCACGUUUGUUCUCUAUAGAAUCUUAAUUUAAAGUUUAAAGAUUCUGUUUUGACCUCUGACCUUUCACCACCAGGAUGAAACACUUCUGUCUUUUGUUUGAGUAUUUUGUUUUUAUCGUUCAUUAUUUAACAGAUAACACUUUAAAGUUACGGAUAAAAAAUAUAAAGAAAAUAUCUCAUUUUGGUUACUCAGAUCUUGUUUUGUACUGUAAACUUAAAAUUUCUUUGUGAAUGCAUAUAACAGGAAUGCUGUUUUACUUUUUCAAUUAUGUUCUAUUUAUUAUAAAUGUCUCUGAAUUCAUAUUAAAUAACUGCUCAGAGCUACUGACAUUUUGAAGGAGAGUUUGUGCUUUUUCUUUUUUUGAUGUCACAAAUCUGUAUAGCAGCUAUGUUUUGAUUAUUUUCUUUCUUUUAUUUGUGUUUUUGUUUGUUUGCAUUUCAUCAAUACCUCAAAUAAAUAUUCCUGAGAUCUUAA